ACUAGGUUAUUUUUUUUCAGGAAUUCGAUUCAUUAUGGCAAUGGCUCCAAAAAAGAAGUUUGACUUCUUCAACGGCGGACGAGGAGUGAACAUGAAGGACUCCUUCGCCGAGGGUUGUGAAGGAAGCCUUGGAGCCCAGCACAGUAAAGACAUGUUCGUUGACUAUUAUUCUUUUGGAGACAGUAAUCGCUAUGCAAGUCCUGCAAUGUAUGCCCCGCCGUGCAGCCCUCCGCCCCCGUCGCACUUCAUUACUGACUACCCCCUUAAUCCUUCGGCUGGCAGCCAGAGUCCAACGGCCUAUUGUGACCAGGCCCAGGCGGAUUUCCAGAGCUCAAAUAGUUUGGCUGCACACAACCCAGGAGACAUGGGCAACCCGGGCGCCGUCAACGCUGAGGGAGUUUGUUGGGGGAAUAGCACAGCCGAGGAAGAUGACCCCAAGAAAAAGAAAAAGAGGCAACAGCGGUGCCGCCUGUGUGCCAAUCACGGCAUCUACGUGGAGGUUAAAGGACACAAGUGGUACUGCCCUUACAGAGACCAACACAAUUGCGAGAAGUGUGAAAUCACGCGGAAGAGGCAAUACUAUAUGGCAGAGCAGCAGAAAUUAACGAGGGAACAACAGCAACAACUUCAGGCCCAGCGAGUAGGGGGCGUGCCCAGUAGCCCUCCAAGCCUUGUUGCCAAGCUGCCCUCUGACAUUGCCAUUCCGCUUGGACCAAAUAUCAAACCCCGUGACUUCCCUCGUUUAGACGAAUUGAUUCAGGAAACUGCCAACAUUAUUAAUGAAGAGUUGUUUGAAGAAAUAAACCAGGUCGUUCGGCCACGAACCCAUCAGUGACAUAUCCUGCUUAUAGUACAGUACAUUUUUUUAACCAAGGAAGCACAAUGUAAAGUUUUGUUGGUCGAAUAGUAAUUGAUAUCGUGAAAUAGCGUCGAAUAUGUUAAAAUUAUCUAUUAAGCUUACUGGCAAUAUCCGAUAAGUCAGUACUAGUGAAUAAUGCCAAGCUUUAUUCUGACAUAUUCUGUUACUCAUCUUGCAUCAUAUGCUAAAAGAGCAACAUGUUUCAACCUUCUCAUCACCAUUGUAACAAUAAACUUUCACCUUCAGUAUCCGUCUCAUGGAAUUGGACAUAUCCAUUCCUGCGGGAUGUUAACAGCGAGAGGCAAUGUAAUAUUUUGAAUCUUUGUCCUUUAAAGGUCAAGCUCUGUCCCUUUGGUUGUGAUAUUACAAAUAUAGGAAUCCUUCACCUUCUUAAUAUAGGGGUGACGACGAUGGUGCUGCCUUAAUUGGUUUGGCAUGGCGGCCGAAAUGCAAGGAUAAAGCGACUGAUCUUUAGCUGUAAGGUACAUAAAUAAUGUACGAAACUGGCUGUGCUAUGUGAGAAAGUUUUAUUCUUAAGCCAUAUAGAGUGGAAGAUGAACAUGAGUGAUACAUACUUUAUCUACAAAUGUAGAGGCGACGAGGUGCCAGGGUAUAGAGGUCCGGUAUGCUGGCAGAUUUUGGAGAUUACAUUGUAAUGCUACCUCAUUCCCUACUGUAGGAUGUAGGAGAUAUUCGAAAACACACCAAGGAUCCACAGCGCCAAAAGCUUCAAAUUCAUUUCAGCGCGAGCAAGUAGCCAGUUUGUUUAUACCCAUUGUACAGGUUGAUUUUACCAGUGGGUACACUUAUAUUGAUGUCCAUAUUCCAUAGUUCUUGGGUGGUAUUUUAUUAGCAAAAGUUUCUUGAAAUUCAUUUUUUUCGAAGGUUGGGGCUUAUAUGCCAUUGUAAGCAAAGACUGUUUUCUUUUUUUUUACUGUAACGGAAAAUGGCGGGAGAAUAAGGACCGAUCUCGAGCUUAUUUUAGGCCAUACAUAGUUGAUAUAUUUAGUACUUAAAUAUGAUACAUUUUUUGCAAAAUGUAUUGAUGCUUCACUCAUGCAAGUAACCAUAUCCCGAUGUUAUUUAAGACAAAUCAUCCCAUGCUGUGAAACAGCACCUAGCACUGCUUUAUUGAAUCAUCAGUAUAUGUAGUGUGAUCAUAUCUAGUGCUUCGUAUGUGCAUUACAUCUGUGUUAAUCGUUUCUGAAUAUUCAUGAUGUCGAUCUCGACCUUUCACUGAAAGUAAAAUUCAUUCAGAUAAGCUGUGAUGAUUAGUGCAUUUCUAUCUGGCCUUAGACUUUACAAUACCGAUGCAAAGGCCUAAAAAUGACUUAGUAGCCAUUAAGCAUUGCCCUGAUUUCAUCAGUUAAAUGUAGUGACGACGUUCUCUGUGAUAUUUGUUCGUAGGAUAGUUUCCUCUAUGGGACGAGAACGCUGUCGUGGUGGAGACUGUGCUUGCUUCGGUGAUGCAGGUUAACAGUAGAGAAAGGGUAAUGCUUGAAUUAGUCCGUGUUUUGCAUGUUGUGUAUGUUCCUGUUCGGUAUUAAAGUAGUAUUUGAUUCCAAGACUACAUCGAAGAGAUAUGCAGUAGGGAAUAAUGUUAUAUUUUAAGAAUGGAAAAUGUAGUCUAUGCAUGUAUAGUAUAAAUGUUAAUACUUAUACCUUGCGAAACUGUCCGUACAAAAAGGUGUAUGUUUGGCAGUGACCGAUCUGAUUUCCUUUUUCUUUCUCUUUGUUGAUGCAAGUGUCUGAAAUUUCCCAUCGAGCUCAUAUCUGCAUUAUGUAUUAUCUGCCUAACCUGGAGCGUCGUGCCACAAAGACAUUACACUGUUUAACAGUCGCUGUAGGAACUUGACAUGUAGAAAUUCUGCAAUCCACUUUUACAGUCCAGUGUAAUGAUGGUAAACUUUUUGUAGCCCAUUAGAAAAGAUGAGCACAGAUAUAAAGGCUGCAUAUUGAACAACGGAACGGCGACAGAUGUGUUUGAAUAUUUAUAUAUUUCACACUGAAUACUACAUAUUUGACGUGAGAUGUACUCAUACCAUGGUUAAUGCACACAGAGGAGAGAAACACAAUUAGGUAAGACGUACAUUAUAAGUUGAUUACAUUUGUAAGAUGGUUUGUAUUUGCUAUAGAAAAGGAGAUUCAGAUGUGAAACAUAGACGUUUCCCCUCGUGAAUAAAUGAAGGGAAAUGAAAUAUUUCAUAAAUAUAUUGAAAUUUAGGCGUAAUAUAAGUGAACUUUUGUCUUUCCUUACCGUUUUGUAAAUGUGUUUAUGUAAAGAGGACUGUUGGUGUGAAUGAAGUUCUUUAUUAGAUAUUUUUUAUAUCUUAUUGUAUCAUAUAUACGAGCAGUGUGUAUUUUGUCGCAUUAUAGACGUCCUCCUAAUGAUUCUAUUCGUAAAUUGACUACAGUAUACUAGCCAAGGAACCAGCAGUCUCCAACAUGAUGUAUUAGAUCAAGUUUCUUGUAUUUCGAGAUGGAAAUGGAUUAAUAAAUUUGAAA